AUGGAGACAAGCCGAAAGUCCUCGGAGAAAGGCGACACAGAUACCCCGGUGACUGCAUCUUUUGAAGGCGAUACGCGGUCCCAAAUCAUUGAGAUCACGCCUGUCGCCGAAACCCGAUGGCAAUAUCUUCGUCGAUACUUUACCACCUGGGAAGGAUGGGUUGGCAACUAUGAUUACAUGUACCUCAUCACCCCGAGCAUCUGGCCACUCAACAAACGAUACAAGGAUUACCAAUCACCCUUCUACGGAUUGAACGAUGAAGUGCCGAUCCUACUUACCAUAAUUCUGGGCUUGCAGCAUGCCUUGACCAUGAUCGGCUCCAUCGUUUCACCUCCUCUGGCCAUCGCAAGUGGAGCCUUUUACCUCAAUACGGAGCAAAGCCAGUACCUUGUCUCAGCAGCGUUCAUAACCACCGGGAUCGCGACAGCUCUGCAAGUCACACGAGUCCAUUUGACCAAAACCCCCUUCUACAUUGGAACAGGUCUACUGUCGGUGGUCGGUCCUACAUUCGAUAUUCUUGCUAUUGCAUUCAGCUAUGCGGACAUGCGCUAUGCUAACGGCACUUGUCCGAUUUCCUCGGAUGGAUCUAAAUUGCCAUGCCCAGAGGCCUGGGGUGCGAUGCUGGGAACGAUGCUAUGCACUGUGUGGAUCCAGAUUCUGUUAUCAUUCGUUCCUCCAAAGACCUUGAAUCGUAUCUUUCCCAAGAUCGUUACCGGUACACUACUUCUGCUUGUCGGGGUUUAUUUGAUCUCGAGCGGAAUGGAAAACUGGGGUGGAAGCUCGAACUGCAAUGGUGGAACAGGUUACUACAGUCUUUGUCCAGACACCGCGGCCCCCAAACCACUACCUUGGGGAGACACAAAGCUCAUCGGCCUCGGCUUCAGUGUGUUUAUAACCAUCAUUAUAGUUGAACUAUUUGGAUCGCCCUUGAUGCGCUCCGCAUCCGUUGUUUUCGGUCUCGCAAUUGGAUGUGCAAUCUCUGGUGCUACGGGAUACUGGUCGCGUGAUAACAUUGAUGCAGCCCCUGUUGUUACCUUUCUCUGGGUUCACACUUUCAAGUUAUCAGUAGAUGGUGCACUGGUCCUCCCCCUGUUGAUCAUGUUCAUCUGUGAGGCUGUAAGCUGCAUGCCGGAUAUUCUUGCUACUGCUGAAAUCUCAGGGGUCGAAAUCGAUGGUGUGGAAUUCAAUAGCAGAAUCCAAGGUGGUAUUUUGUGUGAUGGGUUGGGAAGUUUGAUCAGUGCCUUGGGCACUGGUCUGCCCAUGGUCAGCCAGGCAGGUAACAAUGGUGUAAUCUCUCUGACUGGAUGCGCGAGCCGUCGAGCAGGUUGGUGCGCUUCCGCCUUUCUGAUUCUCAUGGGAGUAUUUGGCAAGUUUGGUGCAGUGCUUGGCUCCAUGCCUCCAUCUGUCUUGGGUGGUAUGCAAGUCUUUCUUUAUAGUACCAUCACCGUGACCGGUAUCAGAGUGCUAAGUCUUGUGCCAUUCACACGGCGAAACCGAUUCAUUCUCACUGCUGCUCUGGGUAUCGGGUUCAUGGAUAUUGUUUCUCCGAGUUGGUUUGACAAGGUCCUAGCUUAUAGUGGGUCAAAUAUCAGCUUGGAAGGAUUUGAAGAAGGUAUCAACCUUUUGGUAGAGACACCAUUCAUCAUCGCUGCUAUUGUUGGUGUGUUGCUCAACUCUAUCUUACCAUAUGAUCUGAAAGAGGCAGAUGGGCGUCAUCAAUCAGCACUUCCUACUUAA